AUGGAAAUUGACAGUGGACGGAAUAUUUCAGUGCUUGUAGAGUUCGCCAAUGUGUUGAAAGAGUUUAAAAUCACUGAGCUCAACAGCCCUGGCUCGAAGAACUUUUUCGAUGUGGUGAGAGAAUUUAGGUCAGUGGCAGGUGAAGCAGCAUUGAAACUUGUAUCGGGUGACAUUGCGUCGAGUGGCGGUGUUUUCGAAAACUGGGAUUUAGAGGCUAAAUUAUGGCACUUGAUCGAGCUUUUGGUCGAUUACAGAACUGCUGACGUGGAUUUAGAACAAGAGGGUCAAUCGAGUGCCGAUUCGAUUUACCACAAAGUACGUAUGGAGGACAAUAGCCCGCUUUACGAACUUUGGCUGAUCAUUGUAUGGAUCCAAUCGAAUGUUAAAGUCCCAGAGCGACCAGACUCUCUGGGUACCAGCAAAUGGUCAAACUCGUUCAUAUCAGGAGAACUCAAAAGCUGUGAUUCAGACUACCCGCUUAGAGAUCCCAAGUGCGUGCUAGAUCCUGAAGAUAUACAAUCAGAUCAAAGCUUUUACAAGUACGCAUAUGAGCUCAUACAAGCAGGCAAAAUGGAUGAAGCAAGAAAAGAAUGCGAGCACACAGACAAUUUAACUCUAGCAUUGAUACUGUGUGGAGUCGAUAACCAGGUGGAGCUGGAUACAGAAAGUCCGCACACUCUCGAGUCUUAUAAACAGAAGACCCUUUGGCGAAGGGCAGUUCAUUCGUUAUCCAAAAACGAAAAACUAGACGCGUAUGAAAGGGCCAUUUAUUCUUAUUUGGCUGGCGAUAUAGGCCAGACCACAGAAAAUAUAGAAACGUCCUGGGACACAGAACUUUUACUUUAUUUGAACCAGUCGUGGCAGACUGCGUUGGAGAACCAUAUGGUCAAAGAAAAUCUGGUCAAUACAAAGGAGAUGAUCGUUCCAAUGGAGAUCCAGUCUAUACCGCUACAGUCUGCGUUGGACAUCGUAUCGAAGAAUCAUCCGCGUGCUAGCGAGCAUCCUCUGAGAGUACUGAUGGGCGCUGUAAUGCUGGACAAGGUGCCCUCAGUGAUCAAAUCCUCCGUGGCUAUGCUGGUAGAUGCUAUCAAAGGCUUGGAUCCUAGCAAUGUCAUGGUUGAAGAGCCUUAUCUACUCCGAGUGGUGACCCACCUGGUAAUCAUGAUGGACAUUGUCUAUCCCGGUUCAAUUGAGGAACAAGAUAAGUCAAAACUAAUAACAGCCUAUGUGACAAUUCUCUCAUUUUACGAACUCAAUGAUAUUAUCCCGGUAUACAUUAGCUUCUUGAGCGAGCCGGAUGCACUGGAGGCCUAUUCAUUCCUUUUGUCUAACCUGACGGAAACCGACGCGCGUAAGAAACAGCUAGAACUGUGUCGUCUAUUGCAUUUGCCUGUUGCUAAUAUUUUGAGGCGUACAGCUCAAAGAGUUUUCGAUGAAACUGAGAACUCUUACUGUCCUAGAGCAAGAGUGAAUGUGCAGUCGCCGAUCAACGCCACUGAUAAACGGUUAAUAGCUGCCGCAGAGUGGCUCAUCGAAGGUCACAUUUCCGUGGACGCUCUCAAUUCUCUAGUGGUAAUAUCAAGAAGGUUUCUCCUGAACGGCAGGAUCAAUUCCCUAAGAUACCUUUACGAAAAGCAAAAUCUAGACAAUCUGAUCAAGAAUUACGAGAUAGACACGCUCACAGACACUGAAAACACAAGCACAGCAGCUAAGGAGAUUGGCGAUUACCGCUCCUUAAUACAGGCGUUCAAGAAAUUCGAACAAUGGCAAGAGAUGUCGCGCGGAGAACAGUCGGACACAAACUUAUCAAGUUUGUUGACAUCGUUUCGGAACAUUUCGAGUUUUGUUCAUAAGGUCAUCAAAUCUUUUUUGAUGGACCUUUCAGACAAAUCUACUCCUGAGGACCAAGAUACGAUUUACGAAAUACGAGCAUUAUACACUCCUCACAUGGUCAUCGAACUUCAUCGCGCCUUCGUGGUGGCAUCAGAGAAACUACGGGUCGCCAGUUUUGUUACUGAAGCCCUUUCACUAGCAAAUCUAGUGGCAAACGAGACUGAUCGCAUCUACCUUCUGUUCCAGUCUUGCGGCAGAUUGGAAGAGUAUUUGCAACUUAUUGCCAGAACUGCAACGAUGAUAAAGCCAUAG